AUGGCUAGAAAUUGCUUCAACAAAAGCAACACUCAGCCUAAAAUUAACUCAAUCGUGAUUCCUAAGGAGUUUUCGGGAAAAGAGCAACCCCAGUCGCACUUACUGAAAGGACACAAAGUGAACAUCCUGGCACUGAUUGAUUCAGGCACAUCAGCUUGCUUCUUAGAUAUUAUAUUUGCCAAAAAACAUAAUAUAAGCUUUCAAAAAAAAGAAACACUGUUAACGGUAGAGGAUUUCAGUGAUGUCUUUAACAAAAUAAAAGCUGAUAAAUUGCCUGUGAAUAGGCGGUACGACUGCGCCAUCGAUUUGCUGCCUGAUACACAACCACCAUGGGGUCCCAUCUAUGAACUAUUCACCCAAGAGCUUGAAGUUUUAAGGAAGUAUAUCGAGAAAAACCUGGAGAAAGGGUUUAUUCGUCACUCCAAAUCUCCAGCUGAUGGACCCAAGUAA